AUCGAUUUUAGUUUCAGCUCUUCUUCAAAUUGCAGCCACAAGAAAUAUAUUGCCCUCCCCCGAAAAGGAAAUAAAUAGGAAUUGUGAGCUUGAACCUUAAAAUAAAUCUAACUAAGUAAAUCACCGUUUGGAAUCCCGCGCUUUUUUACCGUUCCCGAGAAACCAGCAACAACCAAACCCGGUAGACUAGUAUUGUCUAAUAAUUACGCAAAAAUUCCAUCACCCACACACUCGCACAGACGCACGAGCUGCAAAAAGAAACGGAAAGUGAAGUAAAAUACAUAGAGAAGGAAAAAGAAAAGAGCGCAAAAAUGACUUCCGAUAUCGCCAUGCAACUGAUUGCCAUUUUGGAGAAGACUGUGUCGCCAGAUAAAAAUGAAUUGCUAUCGGCGAAGAACUUCCUUGAGCAGGCGGCGGCCAGCAAUCUGCCCGAAUUUCUCAAGGCGCUGUCGGAGAUCCUGGUCAACACGACAAACAGCGCGGUGGCACGAAUGGCGGCCGGUCUCCAGCUGAAGAACCACCUGACCAGCAAGGAUGAGAAGAUCAGCCAACAGUAUCAGGAGCGCUGGCACCAGUUUCCCAGCGAGAUCCGCGAGCUAAUCAAGAAUAACAUCCUGGCAGCUUUGGGUACCGAAAACACGCGACCCUCCUGCGCUGCCCAGUGCGUAGCCUAUGUGGCCGUGAUCGAGCUUCCGAUGAACCGUUGGGCAAUGCUCAUCCAGACACUGGUUAACAAGGUGGUCAGCGAAGGAUCCAGCGAGAUGCACCGCGAGGCUGCUUUGGAAGCAAUUGGCUACAUCUGCCAGGACAUUCGCUUUGGCGUUCUGGAGAACCAGUCCAACGAUGUGCUCACCGCUAUUAUCCACGGCAUGAGAAAGGUCGAGCCGAGCAAUCACGUACGCUUGGCUGCCACCACGGCACUUCACAACUCGCUUGAGUUCACCAAGUCGAACUUUGAGAAGGACAUGGAGCGCAACUUCAUCAUGGAGGUGGUGUGCGAGGCCACUCAGUGCCAGGACUCGCAAAUAUGUGUUGCCGCUCUCCAGUGUCUGGUGAAGGUUAUGACCCUAUACUACCAGUUUAUGGAGCCGUACAUGGCACAGGCUCUUUUCCCGAUCACUUUGGCAGCUAUGAAGGCGGAAAACGAUGCCGUGGCUCUGCAGGGCAUAGAGUUCUGGUCGAACGUCUGCGACGAGGAGAUCGAUCUGGCCAUCGAGAGUCAGGAGGCCACCGAUCAAGGCAGGGCUCCGCAGCGGGUAUCCAAGCACUAUGCUCGUGGUGCCCUGCAGUUCUUGACGCCCGUGCUCGUCGAGAAGCUGACCAAGCAGGACGAGUGUGACGACGAGGACACCUGGAGCCCGGCAAAGGCCUCCUCCGUCUGCCUCAUGGUGCUGGCCACCUGUUGCGAGGAUGAGAUCGUGCCACAUGUGCUGCCCUUCAUCAAGGAGAACAUCGAGUCACCCAAUUGGCGAUUCCGCGAUGCCGCAGUGAUGACCUUCGGCUCAGUGCUGAACGGGUUGGAGACCAACACUCUGAAGCCGCUCGUGGAGCAGGCCAUGCCCACGCUCAUCCGGCUGAUGUACGAUUCGAGCGUUAUUGUGCGCGACACCACCGCCUGGACUUUCGGUCGAAUCUGCGAUAUCAUUCCAGAGGCUGCUAUCAACAAGACCUAUCUCCAGACAUUGCUGGAGUGCUUCGUGAAGAGCUUAAAGUCGGAGCCACGGGUGGCUGCCAAUGUGUGCUGGGCCUUCAUCGGUCUUUCAGAUGCCGCCUACGAGGCAGCGGUCACCACCGAGGGCGAGACCCCGGAGACCUACGCUCUGUCGCCGUACUUUGAGUACAUUAUAACCCAGUUGCUGGAGACAACCGAUCGUUCGGAUGGAGCCCAGGCCAAUUUGCGGGGAGCUGCCUAUGAAGCACUCAUGGAUAUGAUCAAGAACUCGCCUCUUGACUGCUAUUUGGUGGUGCAGCGCACCACUCUGGUGAUUCUAGAGCGUUUGAACCAGGUGAUGCAGAUGGAGACUCAGAUAAACAACCACAGCGAUCGGCAUCAGUUCAACGAUCUGCAAUCUCUCUUGUGCGCCACUCUGCAAAGUGUUUUGAGAAAGGUCCAUGAGCAGGAUGCCCCUCAAAUCUCUGAUGCCAUCAUGACCGCCCUGCUGACAAUGUUUAAUUCGAGCGCUGGAAAGUCGGGUGGUGUGCAGGAGGAUGCCUUCCUGGCCGUUUCCACACUGGUGGAACUUCUGGGAGUGCAGUUCGCCAAGUACAUGCCCGCUUUCAAGGACUUCCUCGUUAUGGGAUUGAAGAAUCACCAGGAGUACCAGGUCUGCUGUGCUUCGGUCGGUCUCACCGGCGACAUUUUCCGCGCCCUUAAGGACCUAAUGGUGCCCUACUCUGACGAGAUAAUGUCCGUAUUGAUGAACAACCUGGCCGAACCGAGUCUACAUCGUAGCGUCAAGCCCCAGAUCCUGUCCGCUUUCGGGGACAUAGCUUUGAGCAUUGGCAACCACUUCCUGAAAUAUCUGAGCGUGGUCCUGGAAAUGCUGCGUGCUGCGUCCAAUCUUCAGACGGACGCCAACAACUUCGAUAUGAACGAAUACAUAAACGAGCUGCGUGAGAGUGUCCUCGAGGCCUACACUGGCAUCAUCCAGGGUCUCAAGGGCCUGGACCAGACGGCUCAUCCCGACGUGAUGCACAUGGAGCCCCACCUGAUUCACAUAAUUUCCUUCAUCAAGCGCAUCGCCCAGGAGGGUGACGUGUCCGAUUCGAUGAUGGCCAGUGCCGCCGGGUUCAUCGGCGAUCUGUGCACCUCCUUCGGACCGCGUCUGUACCCGCUGCUGGACGAUGCUAUCAUUACCCACUUCCUCGCCGAGGGCAAGCGCUCCAAGGGGCAGCGCACCAAGAUGCUGUGCACAUGGGCCGUCAAGGAGAUCAAGAAGAUCAAUAGCCAGGUCAUCACGCAGUAGAUAGCCUGCUAAAGGUUAAUGUUUCCCUGCUUCCCACCAGACCCUCAAGAUUGUAUGUAAUGCAGCCAAACUGCUAUGAAUGACCGUUUGCGGAUGAUAAAGAUGAAUGACUCUGAAUCGUUGGAAGAUCGAAAGCGGAGCAACGCCAAGAGGAACAUGAACGUUUAUGGCUGUGGUAUUCAAAAUGUAAGUGAUGCCCUGAAUUUUUUUAAUUCAAUCUACCAUUAUAAGUUAGCUUAUUUUUAGAAGUAUCAAAAUAAUCGUAAUAGUUGCUAAUAAUCACAUUUCUCAACCUUUUUUCACAGGUGUGUUGAUUGAGUAUGAUGCCUGGUGCUGAUUAUUAUGAUGAUGACACUGGUGCAUUGAAUGAUGAUGAAUUAUGUGAUGAUUGUCAAUGGUUGUUUAUGAGAGUGACUGAUGAUGGGCAGGAGUAUAUCUAGAAGAAAUCACCAACAAACUAAUACUCGUCACUCAGAUCAUUUAGCACAAAUUUCUACCUUUUAUACAUACUUACACUUCCCACUUUUAUAAACAGUAGGAGUGCGUGAAAACUGUGACUGAGUAAAUUUGUAUGUAACCAUUCCAAAAAAUAUAACAAAAAUCAUACAAAAUUGAAGGACUAUUGAGUUUGUUACAUCUAGCUGUUAAGGAAUGAUUUCAUGUCACUAGAAUAAGCCAGUAUAAUAUGGCAAACGGUUGAAAAGCAAGCUUCAAUAAAAUGCAUGGUGGACCCACUUUUUGGCCACUCCACCGUGCGAACUAAAGGGUCUUCAAUGGGCUUGCCUUUUAACCCUUGCCUUGUGUGCGAAUGGACGUCGUCUGAUAUCUAAGCUAAAAAAUAAAUUAAAUAAAAUUGCGACUAUAACAACUAUGCCUGUGAUUCGAUCAACUGUAUGGAGUGUGUUGUGUGAGAGCGUUGUAAUGUAAGAAAAAGCACCCCGCGCAGCAGAGAAAUGGUAUUUUUUUGUAAACAUUUAAAGGAUUACAAACAAAUGCACAAUUGCAAGUGUGAACUAAAAACAAAUUAAAAACGUAACAUAUGGUACUGAUUUUAUACUGAGAACUGAGACUUACUAUUUAUACAUACAUACCUACCAACAACACAACCUACAACUUACUUAAGGACUCACAAAGAUUACUUUACGCGGGACUAUACACAACGUACACUAGAACAAUACCUACUACAUACGAAACGCCAACUAGUGAAAUUUACAUCCACAUUACAACAACGUACAUAUGGGGCAUUAUAAUGGAUUAUCUUAAAUAUAUACACUCACAAUUGGUAACGCUGACGCGCGGUGCUUUAGCCGAAUUAAAUCUAGUAUAUGGGCUACUCGGUAUGCUAGUUAAUCCUAAUUUAGUCAGUAAGUAGGGAUGCGCGAGAGAACAUUUGACCCACGAUUGCGAUAGGAGAGAAUCAAUUAUGUUACGUUAUAUAGUAUGCUGUAUUAUCAAUUAUUAAGAAAGAAACACCCCCUCUGAAUAUCAAAGUGCGGCCUAACUGUUCGGAAGCAAAUUGUAUGACUGAUAGUUUGUACGCGAAAUUUUAGCAAAUGUAAUAUGAGUCUGUGUGCAAGAGC